AUGUCUUGUUUAAGCAUAGAAUUAAAUUUUGAAACUAAACUUAUGAACAUGAAAUUAUUCUUGUUAGUAUUCCAAGCUUCAGUUUAUGAACAUAUAAGUAGAAAGCUUUUGAAAUCUCAAAACAGAGAAGAAAUUUUCAGACGUAAACGAAAUAUUUGCAAAGUGCAUAAACACAAUGCAAUGCAAGUGCAUUUAAGCAAAUGUAAUUUUGCAUCAAAAAUGGAUGAAAUGAUAUUGCACUGCAAUCAAAAUACUGUUUAUGUGCUUAACACGAGCUAUACCAGUUAUGGGGAAUUUGACAUGAUUGGAUUGUUUGGCAACCAAAACGCCUGCCGAAGUCCAUCAACAUUUGGGAAUGCUACAACUCCAACUGCAAACUUUAAAUCAAAAUCGAAAGCCACAAACAUGCUGCUAGAUAAUCAAAUUAAUGAGAAACUCAAAGAAGUCAACAACAACUUAAUUAAGAAGCGACCACAUUUUUUGAAGCUUUUCAAUGAAAACUUUUUCAAGCCUGGUUCAGGAGAGAGUGAAAGUAGCAGUGGAUCACCUGAAAACAGUAGUAAAAGCGGGAAGUCGUUGACAAGACUUCAAGUGAAUGUGACAUACAAUCGUAGAAAUGUCGGAGUUGAUUUCGGGAUCGCAAUUUAG